UACUGCUAUUUUAUAGUUUAAUGUUUUUAACUAGCUCAGAAGAUAAAUGUCCAGUCAAAUAUCAAACUAAUAAAAUGAAUGUUAAGAACUAUGUCAACAACACCUACCUAUUCACUAAUAUUACAAAAGAUUCAAAACCACAAAUGAAACAAAUAAGCUUGAUGACUGGAGUGCCAUAUUUUCUACUAAAUGAUCAGUAUAAAAAUCACACAUUUUAUGGAGCUAUAUUCAAACAACAAAAUUCGCAACAUAAAUUAUGGACCACAAAUGUGGAUGUUAAUGGCACGCAUAUGCAAUGGGACCUGGUUGCAACAAGUACAAUUGGUUUAUACCAGAUUCGACGCGGUUUCGAUGAUCAAGUGCUGAAAUGUUUUAAAGGGGAAAGCUCGGUGGGCCUUGGUAAUGGCAGUGAGCCCGGUACUGAGCAUUUAUCCUGGUGGAAAAUAGAGGAGUCCACAAAAGUUGGCUACUUUAUGAUACGUUGCAACGAAACUCCCGAUAGGCUACUUACCAACGACCAAAUAAACGCGUUAAUUGGCAAUGGCGAUAAUGAAAAUGAUAACGUGCUAUUUAAUUUCGUUCCAGCAUAUACUACUGGCGACUACGUGUUGCGAAUCGAAAUUAGAGAUUUUGAUUUUGAAAUGACCUUGGACGACCUACUAGGCCAGGAUCGCCAAACGGUGUCAAUGGCCGAAAAGAUCAUCAUACCGAAUUUAUCAUCUGCCACGUUGCAGCACAAAGUAUCCCAGAGCAAACAAAUCACCAACACCAUUUCGAACACGAUAUCACACUCGUUUAGCCAAGGUGCAACGUCGAACACCCAUAGGUCCAGUGGUAUACAGCACUCGUCGUCAACCAAAUACGGUGUAACCCACGCGACCACAGACAGCAUGACCCAAGGCUAUAAUAUCGAGAUGUCGGCCGAGGUCGGGCUCGAAGGUAUCGCUAAGGUAUCGACCAAAGCGAGCAUGGACUUUCAAUACACUACCGAGGAAUCGUUUGGCGAAUCUGUGGAGAAUGAGCAAGGUGAAUCCAGUAGCGAGGACUGGGGCAGCGAUACGGGCAACACCGUCGAGAAUACCACGGCUACGGAAACCCACUACGAGAACAGUACGACCAUUACCUACUCGAUCGAGCAGACGAUCGAAGUGCCGCCGAAUACGUCGAUCGAGGUAAGCGGUUACGUCGAUUGGAUCGACGGCAUGAUCAUCCCCUACACGGCCACCGCGUACGUCACGCUAGAGGCCGUACGUACGCUGAAAACGUUCCGUACGUGCGGUACGUAUGAGGGGGAGCGGAGGUGUAAGUAUAACGCGCGUAAGGAUCGUAUGGACGGGGAGGCCGUGGAGUGGUUUUUAAGGCAAUAUAACUCGAAACUGGCCGCGAGGGUGAUAUAUAGGUGCGAUCAGGCGGCUGUGUUGCACUUGGAUGGCAACGUGGUGGGCACGGGUGGCUUGAAGUCGGUGUUAGUGGCCAAGGAGGUGCCUAUUGAUAUGGAUCUCGUUCAUCGAGCUGGCUGA